UUCAAACCAAUAGCCACAAGACCAAAGCCUACUCACGACGAACAUAAAACACCAAAAUGCAAGAGCAACCCCAAACCAAGGUCCUCAUCACUCCCGAACUUCUCGAGAUCAUCCUCCUCCACCUGGACACCCGCACACUCCUCGUCUCGGCCCAGCGGGUCUGCCGGACCUGGACAGCCCUAAUUCAGACGUCGCCCGCAAUCCAGCAAGCGCUCUUCUUCCAACAAACCGCGCGCAACCCCAACUUGGAAAGGGACAAAUGGAACACAGAAUCAAUCUGGCACUCUCUCCUUCCAUCACGUUUACAAGAGAACGGAAAAAUAGACCAAGGAAGCAUAAACGGAUACGAAUCCCCGCAUCCACCCCGCAUCUACAAUCCGCUCUUAGUACAGGCCUUCCCACCCUUCUUUCCCCCUAUUCACGACAACGAAGAAAAGGCAACUGAAACUGAAACUCAAACUGAACACGAAGGGAGAGAGAAAGAGAACGAGAUCUCCUUCUCCUUUAAACCUCUCGACAUGCUCUCAUCCCCUCAAAAGAAAACAGCCUACAUGAGAAAAGAAGCUAGCUGGCGAAAGAUGCUGCUCUGCCAGCCACCCGUAGACGGAGGCGUCGCGGUUUUCAAAGUGAUUCAUUCAAGGAUUGGGGACUCGUAUAGUUGCUAUAAGGUCCCGCAGAAAACACCCAGGCCCCAUCAAGAAGAAAGAGUAGAUCAUGGUGAUAUCUUAAAAAUGGACCACUUCUUCACGACCCUCACGCAAAAUCCCGACGUCUACUUCCGCCGCCUCAGUGAAACGCAUGUCUACUGGUCCGCUUACGUCCCGCCCUGUGAUCCCGAUAUCUCCCACUGGCAUGGUGGCAUCUAUCCACCGCGAGGGGGGUCAUUCAACCCGAGGGUGAAAAAGGCAUUUGCGGAGGCGAUUGAGAAAUUCGAGGUCGUUAUAUACUCGAUGGCGAUGCUUGAAUGCGAUUCUGGGGAGGAGAGGGUGUUGACCGACGAGGAAUGUUUACGGGAAGAGAUUGUGGAGGCUGAAACUGAAGAGUCUAAAGAAAGAGAGAAAUGAGGCGGACAGUAGUGGAAAGAAAGGAGAGGGCCAUGCGCUGCC